GUUGGUAUGGCCAGGCGGUCGGCCUCAGACCGCCGCGCGCGGUGCCCCGACCCCAGCCUCCAAUGGCCGCCGCUGGAGACUGCACCGUGGCAGCGGGCGCUAGCACCGAGAGACUGCGACGCGCCAGUCGGAGAUAGCACCGGGCGCCGGGUGUGGCGCGAUUGUUGGGACGGUGGGAAGCAGUGCAGGGGAGAGAAGACAGCAGUGCUGGGGGUUGUGGGAAGCAGUGCAGCAGUGGGAAGCCGAACGACGGAGUGGUGAUCGAAUUAUAUAACCCUUUCCGUGGACUUUGAGGAGUGACACACAAGAUCAGAGCUAUGGUUUUCAAUAGUUUGGCCGCAAAUAAAUCGCACCUGCGCACGGCGGUGAUCAUAUUUGUGGCAGCCUGCAUUCUACUCAUCGUUUUGAUAACUACUGGUGUGGUUACCUCACCGUUCAAGGCCCGAGGCCGGGUAUGGCUGUUCCGCUCGGAGAGCUCCCGGUCCGCGGUGGAUGAGCUGCCGGAGGAGGAGAGUACCUGCGACUGUGUCUGGAGGAUCGGCUGCCCAAAGUUCCGCUGGCAGACCAACUUCACGUCACCCAUCUACCGCUGCGGCUAUGAAGUGAUGACCGAGAGCCUGGUAUCGCAGUGUCUGCGAGCUAGGGAGGCGUCCCGGGGCCGCGCCUUUAAACUGCACAUAGCCGGCCACGUACGGGAGGCAUUUCUGGCCGACUACCUGCGCGGGCGACUUAUCGCUACAACUGACAAAGAGGGCUGUCAGCUGGUCAAAGCCCCGGCCACGCCAAAGAACUUUGACUCCGACCAAGUGCCAUACUACACCGUGAAACUGCCAAAGGGAAGCGACUACUGCGAGAUGUCCUACAGCCGGCAGGGAAUGACGAUGGACUACAGGUUCAUUGGUCAGAUGGGUGAGGACGUGUUCAGCUACGUCAACCACCUGACGGCCGACUGUGCGGAGCACGGCUGCGAGGGCGACAUCCUGAUCAUGUCGGGCGGCAUCGGGGAGCUGCUGAACUCCACCCUGCUGGACAGCUUCACCGGCGUCAGGAAAUUCCAGCGGGGAUACGAGCGUCUUCUGCCAAUGCUGAUCAGCUUGGUUCAGAAUUAUCGGAUGGAGGUGGUUUGGAAGAUCCAUGAACCGGUGACCGACGAACUGAUUCCGGAAAACUCCAUGGUCCGGAACGACCUGCUGCAGGAGUAUAACGCGCUCAUCAUGGAACAGACGAUGAUGACGCCGGUGCAGGUAUGGACCUCGCACAUGCUGAUGAAGCUGCACCACAUCGAGGACUGCGACAGGAGGUCCAACAGCACCACCAUCAACGAGGACAGCUGGCGCUGCGAGGAGGAAUUCGUGGCCGGAGACAGGUGCCACGACGAGUACUUUGACACCAUCUUCAACAAGGUGUGCGACAAGGCCAUCGCCAUGCCGGAGAACCCGUGCUGCAGUGCAUAAAGUCUAAGUGUGUGAUAAGAUGUAGGAGAGCGAUAUUAGGAGAAGGGACUUAAGUGGGUCAGCGGGGACAGAUAAAAGUGAUAGGACACUGCAUCAGGUGGAGAUUGUGUACUUGUAUAGUGUAGCGCUGUCCUAUAUGCAAAACCACUGUCUAGCCCCUGUGAUUAACGGUGUGGAUAUUUUGUCUAAUGACCUAAAAUAGUCGUUUGGGAAAUUUUCAUCGGCCUUGGCCUUGAUUCAUAAGCAUCAGACAGAAUGAGCAGGGCAUUGACAAAGAACAUCAUCAAAAGCUCAGAUAGGCAAGAUGAAGAUUUUUACUCUUAUACACUGUACCUACACUGUUACGGACAAUCUAACCUAUUUCAUUUAAUUGGCUGUUAUUUGUGUUUUUUAUGUAGCGUCAUGGCUUGCUUUUUUACUUUAGGUAAUGUGUGGGUAAUAGGUAUGCCUGCAAGCAUAUUUAUUUGUUUUUGCGCAAUAAAAGUCAGUUGCAAUAUACGGUGGAGGUCAAUUAUGUAGAACCCAUAUGGGGAAACAAAAUGCCCCUAUUCGAAGCAAAUGCGAGAUCGCUAAUAUCGAAUGCAGUUCGCUGAAAUUGAUUGAAAAGAUGCCUAUUUGAGGUGCAACAAUGUGCAUUUUCGCUUGAUGAUGAAAUAUUACUCGUCAGACUCCGAUAAUAAUUGUAGAUAGGUAAGUACAUAGAUAUUUGAAACGAAGCUGACUGCCAAGAUGAACGAGAAGGUGGUUGUAAAUUGUUGAUCGCAUUCUUUGUGUGCAAUAAAUGCAGGCCUACAUGC